GCGCCGCCCCGCCGGGCCGCCGCGCCGCCGCCUCCCCCCUCUGGGCCGCAGUGGUGCAGCCCGGAGGUUAGCGGAAGCGGCCGCUCGGCGCUGCCAUGUUGAGCCGCCGCCGCCGCCGCCGCUUUGUUGUCGGCUCCAUGUAGCUGGGGCCCGGGGGAGGGAGGGGGGGACCGCGCCGCCGGAGCCGCCGCCGCCGCCCGCCGAGGGCCGGGACGCCCCCGCCAUGGAGGCCAACUGGACCGCGUUCCUCUUUCAGGCACACGAAGCCUCACAUCACCAACAGCAGGCAGCACAGAACAGUUUGUUGCCUCUCCUGAGCUCUGCUGUUGAGCCACCCGAUCAGAAGCCGAUUCUGCCCUUACCAAUAACGCAGAAACCUCAGCCUGCACCAGAAACAUUAAAGGAUGCUAUUGUUGGGAUUAAAAAGGAAAAACCUAAAACCUCCUUUGUGUGCACUUACUGCAGCAAAGCUUUCAGGGACAGCUACCAUUUGAGGCGUCACGAGUCCUGCCACACAGGGAUAAAGUUAGUGUCACGGCCAAAGAAAACUCCCACCACAAUGGUGCCCCUUAUCUCGACCAUCGCUGGUGACAACAGCCGAAGUUCAUUGGUUUCGACUAUCGCGGGCAUCCUGUCCACAGUCACUACGUCUUCCUCUGCCACCAACCCCAGCAGUAGUGCCGGCGCAACGGCUAUGGCAGUGACUCAGACGGUGAAGAAGCCCAGCAAGCCCGUCAAGAAGAACCACGCUUGUGAGAUGUGCGGAAAGGCCUUCAGGGAUGUCUACCACCUCAACCGGCACAAGCUGUCCCACUCAGAUGAAAAACCCUUUGAAUGUCCAAUUUGCAAUCAGCGCUUCAAGAGAAAGGAUCGCAUGACCUACCACGUGAGGUCUCAUGAAGGUGGCAUCACGAAACCAUACACCUGUGGUGUUUGUGGAAAAGGCUUCUCGAGGUACCAUGUAGAAAAUCCCAGGCGAGCUCAAGUAUUGGCUUUUCAUAACCAAGAAGGGUUAAGCUAUCAUAGCGAGGGGCUAGGAGAACCAGACAUCUUAGAAGAUUGGCCUGAUCAUUUAAGCUGUCACGUUAAACAUGUUCACUCAACUGAGAGACCCUUCAAAUGCCAAACGUGCACUGCUGCCUUUGCCACCAAAGACAGACUGCGGACACACAUGGUGCGCCAUGAAGGAAAGGUAUCGUGUAAUAUCUGUGGUAAACUUCUGAGUGCAGCAUAUAUCACCAGCCACUUAAAGACACACGGGCAGAGCCAAAGUAUCAACUGUAAUACCUGUAAACAAGGCAUCAAUAAAACAUGCAUGAGUGAAGAGACCAGCAAUCAGAAGCAGCAACAGCAGCAGCAACAACAGCAGCAACAACAACAACAACAGCAGCAGCAGCAACAACAACAACAGCAACAACAACAGCAGCAGCAGCAACAGCAGCAGCAGCAACAUGUCACAAGUUGGCCUGGAAAGCAGGUAGAAACCCUGAGAUUAUGGGAAGAGGCCGUCAAAGCAAGGAAGAAAGAAUGUCAGUUCACCUUUGAGAAGGCUAUAGAGUACGUACCAUUCGAAGCUGCUAACUUGUGCCAAACCUCCACUGCUGCUACUACGCCUGUGACUCUUACUACUCCAUUCAAUAUAACGUCCUCUGUGGCUUCUGGGACUAUCACAAACCCAGUCACAGUGGCAGCUGCAAUGAGCAUGAGAAGUCCAGUAAAUGUAUCAAGUGCAGUUAAUAUAUCCAGUCCGAUGAACCUAGGGCAUCCUGUAACUAUAACAAGUCCAUUAUCCAUGACAUCUCCAUUAACGCUCACCACACCAGUCAAUUUACCUACUCCAGUAACCGCUCCAGUGAAUAUAGCGCAUCCAGUCACUAUAACAUCUCCCAUGAACCUCCCCACCCCGAUGACGUUAGCUGGUCCCUUAAAUAUAGCCAUGAGACCGGUAGAGAGCAUGCCUUUCCUGCCCCAGGCCUUGCCCACGUCUCCUCCCUGGUAAAGAAUUUCUAAACAGUAUUAAAAAGGAUUAAAAUGGAAUCCUUACCAGCAGUUCUUUUCUGGGUUUUGUUUGGUUGGGUUUUUUUUUGUUUUGGGUUUUUUUUUUUUUUGGUUUUGUUUUAGUUAAUAAUAAAUUCAGACUAAGACACUGGGGCAACAUGCACCAUCAGAGACCGUAGUAGCAUCUUCCCCUGUUGAUUUGGCUCAUAUGGUUCACACUUGAGUUUCGCUGGAGCACUUCAUUUAAACUAAGUUUUACCUUUUAGCUGACUGAUGCUGACUUAGAGCAGAUACUUACUUGCCAGAGUUUAAAAAAAAAAAAAAGUUAUUAAAAAACAGUUUUAUGUUUUAUCCCCCAAAUUAUAACUUAGAAAAUUAUUUUAAUCUAAACACUAGCAAAGACCCCUCUGUAUCUUUAACAGGGUGGAUGGCUAAUUUUAACUUGCCGGUCGUUAAGUCCACUGUUUCUGAGCUAGUGUAGAAUCUUUGUCUGUGUUGAUGUUUUUUUUUUUAAUGAGUAAAUGCAUUACAAUGUUGUCAUUUAAAAAAAAAAUGCAUUUUGGAGAAAAUAUGCAUUUUACCUUUGGGAAUAUGAUAAUUUCAGGCAGCAUUCCCUAUGGGAAAGGUGAUACCAGCUCUGAUAUGCAAAGCAUAUGAUAAAUUAUCAUUCUAACUUCAACAUAUAAUAGGGAUUGUGACCUGAUAUUUGGAGAUGUAAAUAUUACCCAACAUAUUACCCUAAGGGAAUAUAGCAUUGUAGUCAACAUUUUUUUUAAAAAAACUGUUAUUGUUUGGUGAGAAACAGCCAUGGCUGACAGAAGAGGAGUCGAAAUGUAUGUAAACAUGGUCUCUGAACAGUCAGACCCCUAUGGGACUCUUAUCUAGGAGCAAAAGGAGUGCUUUGAAACUUAAGAAAUAUUGCUUUAAGCUGGAAGAUUCUGGAGGCACUGGGUAUGAUUUUUAUGCCCUCUGCCUCCCAGUCAGAGCCUGCUGGUGUUACAGCAGGGGACAGACGUGUUAGUUGUUCACUAGAAGUUUUGUCUUAUAUUAAAUUGUAUACAGUUUUUAUUCUAACCACUAACUAGGUAGGAUGCCCCUCCAGGACAAGCAGAGAGCGUCUUUUAAUUUCUCCCCUAUUUCUUAAUCAAGUGUUGUGCAAAUCUGUUCAACUUUGUAAAUAUUUGCAAACAUCAUCAUUUUUACGUUAUUCUUCUAUUGUGUUAACACAUUUCUAUCAAUUUGUGGGAGUUCUGGGGUGAUGGUUCCCACCGGCCAGCCCAGAACUUCUCCACAAAUGGUCACACAUGUUUAAGCUACAUGUGCUUUUUAUUUCUUAACCUGUUUAUCUGUACAUAAAGUAGAAAGCAAAAUCUAGGGAAACAGAUAUACUUUUUAGACUAUCAUGUCACAUAUUCACGUUUUUAAAACUUUGUUUAAAAAAAAAAAAAAAACAACAAACCACCCUAAACCCAAGACUCUACAUUAAAAACAAAACAAAACAAACAAAAAAAAAGAAUAAAAAAAAAUAAAGUUACAGUUGAGAUGUUUUUAUCUUAAUGAAGUUGAAAGCUAUGGAGAUUAGCGUGUGCGCAUUUUCACAGAGUGCUAGCAGGACCGACUAGUCGAAAUGGACUGCUUCCGUUCCUACCCUGCCGUGUCAGUGCAAGCAGUGAUUGCCAGGCUGCUGGCUCAGGUGACAGGUAUCUGUAUCAUUACGUGAAACUGUUCUAGGGGCUUGGACUACAUAGUAAAACAAAAACAAACAAAAAAAAAUAAUAAAAAUAGAGCUUAGUGUAAAAUAAUUUUAUAAAUGAUCUUUUGUACUUUAGGACAUCAAAUUGUACAACUUUUGUAUAUAUAAAAGCUUAGGAACUUUCUGUUUAGCAGAAAGGAAACACAUUCCUACACUUUUAAUGUAUAUGUUUGUUAUAAUGUCCAUGUAAACAUAUGCCCUAUGUUUGUGCCUUUUAAUUAGUUUGUCUCAAUAAACAAAAAUGUAGAGAAGAAUAUGUAGCUAUGACUUUGUUACCACUGUUCUUACUCCAGAUGUGUAGAGGUCUUCGUUUUUGCACUGUGUAGAGCGUUGGGCGCAGGCAGCUGCAUGACUUGGGCUGAGCCGGCCGAAAGGAGGCAUGUGAGGCCAGUGCCCCCCAGAACCCCCCGUCUCCCCCAGCCCUGAGCAGCCCCCCAUGUGGGACGCGUAGUUUCCAAGCCAUCUCUGUCACCCGUGGCGAUGGCCACCGACUCCCACCGGUUUCCCGUUGUAGGUGUAGCGUGCUGGAUCUGGGUGAAUUGCAGAGAUGACCCUUAGGUGAAGUUUGGGUGUCCCUGAGCUUAAAAGAACCCCCAAAAGCGUUAAAAGCCGAUACAAAAAUGUGUACUAGAAGUGGUUAUCUAUGAAUUACUUACAAUAAACAGGUGUGAGACUUAAUUGUAUGUUGUCAAUUACUGUAGUAUUGACAGCGGGUCCUCCGUCCAGCUAGCGUGCCCUGCGGAUGUUAUUUUUAUCCCAGCAGAGUAGCGGUAGAAUAAACACAUUAAACACCGGCAAGGAAAUCUUUCAACGUGACAGAGGCUUCCCAAACCACUAACCACGGUGCUCUUAGCACGGGAUUAGGAAAAGGGCUGUUUCCUUUUUAUUUUAUGUUGGUUCUGCUCGAAUGUACCUGGUUUAUGUCCACAAAGCUACAUUAGCUAAUUGUCAACCUGUUUCAUUUGUACUUGGGUAAACAUUUGCUUUGUACUGUGUAUAAAUGGUUCCGAGGUGUGCUCCUCCGCUGUCUCGAUACAGACAUCAAUUUCGCUUUGUAAUGCCAUCGUAUGAAAUACAUUAAGCUGUUUUUUGACAAACGAAA